AUCACGACAGUUACUGAUUCGACGUAUCUGACAACACAUCAAAGAUGGCAAAGCAAGUUCGUCCUUUUGUAAUCAUCAUUUUAGUAAUUGCAUCCACUAUUCUAUACUCAGGAAGUGCAUUGAAAUGUUAUCAAUGCAACUCACUAGAAAACAAGGAUUGUGAAGAGGGUCCAUUGUUAGAUACAAUGAUUAUAGAAUGUAGAUUACCAUCACCGCCACCCACUACUAUUAGAACAACGACUACUACAUCGACAAGCACUUCAACAACCACGUCGACGGACAGCAGCACACCAUCAACCCCGCCAACGGGCAGCAGCAUUCCAUCAACCUCGCCAACGGGCAGCAGCAUUCCAUCAACCUCGCCAACGGGCAGCAGCACUCCAUCAACCCCGCCGACGGGCAGCAGCACUCCAUCAACCCCGCCGACGGGCAGCAGCACUCCAUCAACCCCGCCGACGGGCAGCAGCACACCAUCAACCCCGCCAACGGGCAGCAGCAUUCCAUCAACCUCGCCAACGGGCAGCAGCACUCCAUCAACCCCGCCAACGGGCAGCAGCACUCCAUCAACCUCGCCAACGGGCAGCAGCACUCCAUCAACCCCACCGACGGGCAGCAGCACUCCAUCAAUCCCGCCAACGGGCAGCAGCACUCCAUCAAUCCCGCCAACGGGCAGCAGCACUCCAUCAACCCCGCCGACUGGCAGCAGCACUCCAUCAACCACGCCAACGGGCAGCAGCACUCCAUCAACCUCGCCAACGGGCAGCAGCACUCCAUCAACCUCGCCGACGAGCAGCAGCACUCCAUCAACCACGCCAACGGGCAGCAGCACUCCAUCAACCCCGUCGACAGGCAGCAGCACUCCAUCAACCCCGCCGACUGGCAGCAGCACUCCAUCAAUCACGCCAAUGGACAGCAGCACUCUAUCAAUCCCGCCGAUAGAUAGCAACACUCCAUCAAUCCCGCCGACGGGCAACAGCAUUCCAUCAAUUCCGCCGACGAUCAGCAGCACUUCAACAACCCCGUCGACAAGCUGCUCUCCAUCAACCCCGCCGACGAGCUACAUUCUACCAACGGGCAUCGGCGCUCUAUCAAUGAGCACUCCAGAUCAGAAUAAAAUGGCAAACUACCGCCAUAGUAAACUACGAAGAAGUGUUCUUCCAUACAUUCAACAAAAUACAUAUGCAGAAGAAUGGAAUUGUGCUAUAAUUAAACAUCAUUACAGUAACAACACUGAAGCCACUGAACGUACUUGCGUUCUUUCCAAUUAUACAUGCACUGAUGGAGAAUGUACAAUGUUAAGAAAAUGCAAUACAAAUGAGUGCAAUAAUGCUAAUGUGAUAUUAGUUAACACGAUAACUUUAACGUGGCUUAUGCUUUCGUGGAUGAUUAUUAAUUUUAAUUAA